AUGGCUUCGCCAAAAGCUCCAACAGGCUACGAGGGCUCAAUUCUGAUCGUGGGAGCUGGAACUUGGGGGUGCUCUACCGCUCUACAUCUUGCUCGUCGUGGAUAUAAACAUGUCACUGUCCUUGAUCCCUAUGCAUUGCCCUCCCCCAUUUCAGCUGGAAACGAUGUCAACAAAAUAGUCGAACAAGGAUCUUUUGAUGAUGGCGAGGAUGGUGGUUACGUUUCCCAAACACUUCUCCGUCUUGCUUCCGAAGGCUGGAUGAAUGACCCGGUCUUCAAACCUUACUACCAUGACACCGGAUAUAUCAUCUGUGCUCACACCCCGGACGGCUUGGAGCAGCUCACCAAACGCGAAAUGCUGGAUCAAAAGGCUGAUUUCGAAUGGCUUGAUUCCCCUGAGGCCUUCCGGGCAACAAUGCCUAAAGGUGUCCUAACGGGAGAUUUCCCAGGCUGGAAGGGAGGGUUUAAGAAAGAUGGCGCGGGAUGGGUCUUUGCUCGAGGUGCUUUAAUGGCAGCCUAUGAAGAAGCCAGGAGACUGGGCGUUAAAUUCAUCACGGGGCCACAAGGAAAUGUGAGCAAACUAAUCGAAGAGAACAACGACAUCGUGGGAGUUGAGACUUCAGACGGGCAGCGCCAUCUCGCAGACACCAUCAUCCUAGCAAAUGGAGCACAAGCGCCAAGUUUACUAGACGUCAAGGACCAACUACGUCCCACUGCAUGGACACUCGCGCAUAUCAAAAUGAGCCCCGAGGAAUGCAAGUUAUACAAGAAUCUGCCCGUCCUCUUCAACAUCGAGAGCGGAUUCUUCAUGGAACCAGAUGCCGAGAGGGGCGAGCUGAAGAUCUGCGACGAGCACCCCGGAUACACGAACUUCCAGAUCACUCCCAGCGGCCACAAAGCCAGCAUCCCCUUCGCCAAACACCAGAUCCCGCGCGAAGCUGAAGCGCGCGUCCGCGCAUUCUUACAAGACACCAUGCCACACCUUCGAGAUCGUCCGUUGAGUUUCGCGCGGAUUUGUUGGUGUGCCGAUACGCCUGACCGGAAUUUCUUGAUUGAUAGACACCCCGACUAUAAAAGUCUGGUGUUAGCUAUUGGAGGCAGUGGCCAUGGAUUUAUGCACAUUACUAGUGUGGGAGGUUUCGUUGCCGAUGUGCUGGAGGACAAAUUAGACGGGAGGUUGAAGACUGCGUUUCGAUGGAGGCCGGAGACGGCAGUCAAUAGGAAUUGGGAGGAUGUUCAACAUAGAAGGGGUGGGCCGAAUAAGGUGAUGGAUUUUGGGGAUGUUAAGGAGUGGACGGAUAUCCCUCCUCGACAAUAA